UCCGGUGAUUCAGAUCCUCAUCAGGGUCCCCCUGACGACUGGGCGCUGGGAGGGAGGCCCUCCCCCUCCCGUCGGGGGCACCGGCGGGGCAGGCCCGGGAGAGGCCCCCUUCUGCUCCCGAUGUGACUCCCCGCGCUGGCCGGGGCUCCGAGCAUGGCCGACACCAUCUUCGGCAGCGGCGGCCCCCAGUGGGUUUGCCCCAACGACCGGCAGCUCGCCCUGCGAGCCAAGCUGCAGACGGGCUGGUCUGUGCACACCUACCAGACGGAGAAGCAGAGGAAGAGCCAGUGCCUCAGCCCGGCCGAGGUGGAGGCCAUCCUGCAGGUCAUCCAGAGGGCCGAGCGGCUGGACGUCCUGGAGCAGCAGAGGAUCGGGCGGCUGGUGGAGCGGCUGGACACCAUGAGGCGCAACGUGAUGGGGAACGGCCUGUCGCAGUGCCUGCUGUGCGGGGAGGUGCUGGGCUACCUGCGCAGCUCGUCCGUGUUCUGCAAGGACUGCAGGAAGAAAGUCUGCACCAAGUGCGGGAUCGAGGCCUGCCCCGGCCAGAAGCGGCCCCUGUGGCUGUGUAAGAUCUGCAGUGAGCAGAGAGAGGUCUGGAAGAGGUCGGGGGCCUGGUUCUUCAAGGGUCUCCCCAAGUACAUCCUGCCCCUGAAGACCCCCGGCCGGGCCGACGACCCCCACUUGCGACCUCUGCCUUUGGAGCCGGCCGAGCAAGAGCCCAGAAGCUCGGAGACCACGCGCGUCUACACGUGGGCCCGUGGGAGAGUGGUUUCCAGCGACAGCGACAGCGACUCGGAUCUCAGCUCCUCCAGCCUGGAGGACAGACUCCCGCCGCCCGGGCUCAGGGACCUGAAAGGCAGCAGGUCCCGGGGGGAACCAGGUGGCAGCGUGGAGCACCCCAAGGUGGAGCUCACCCCCCCACCCAGCCGCCUGUCGGGGAGCCAGAGCAGCCUGGCCAGCGAGCCCGGGACCAGCUCUGCAGACCCACAGAGGGGCACCCCACCCUGGCCGGACCCCAAGGGCCCCAGCAAAAAGCCCGCCUGGCCGGGGCCCCGCUGCUGACACGGCGAGGAGUCCUCGCCGGCCCUGGGCCGGGGCCUGCGUGGUGCGGGCAGGCUUUCCGGCCAAAGAAGAAUGAGAGACCCAACGCCCGCACGCCAGAGCCAGACCUGCGGCUCUCCUGACAGCCCGGAGGCCACACAGCCCCCCUCGGACUGACGUGACCUCUGACUCAACCAGCCAGUGUUUGGGGCUGAGUCUGCUCCUCCCACUCAGUGCCUUUCCGCCCCCUUUCCUCUGGGAGCCCCCCCCCCAUCAGCCUGACCUUUAUUUAUU